CGUGACGGAGGGUUAGCCCAGAUCAGUGGAGUCAUGCGUCACAGAGCUCUAUCAUGCUGGCAGCUGUUCCUGGGUCUGGCUGUGCUGCUUGUCUUCACAAGCCCCACUGCGGGCUGCCCAGCCCGCUGUGAAUGCUCAGCACAAAACAAGUCUGUCAGCUGUCACCGAAGACGUCUGAUGUCCAUCCCAGAAGGCAUUCCCAUUGAGACCAAAAUCUUGGACCUCAGCAAGAACCGACUGAAAAGCGUUAACCCUGAGGAAUUCACAUCAUACCCGUUGCUGGAGGAGAUUGACCUCAGCGACAAUAUUGUCUCCAACGUUGAGCCUGGAGCUUUUAACAAUCUCUUCAACUUGCGCUCCUUGAGGCUGAAAGGAAACCGUCUGAAGCUGGUUCCCCUUGGGGUGUUCACUGGGUUGUCAAACUUAACAAAGCUUGAUAUAAGUGAAAACAAGAUUGUCAUUUUGCUGGACUACAUGUUUCAAGAUCUGCAUAACCUAAAAUCCCUGGAGGUUGGGGACAAUGAUUUGGUGUACAUAUCACACAGGGCCUUCAGUGGGCUGCUUAGCCUGGAGCAGCUCACCCUGGAGAGAUGCAACCUCACAGCUGUACCAACAGAAGCUCUUUCUCACCUCCACAACCUCAUCAGCCUGCAUUUGAAACAGCUCAACAUUAAUGCUUUGCCGGCAUACGCCUUUAAAAGACUGUUUCGCCUGAAGGACCUGCAGAUAGAGGCCUGGCCCCUCCUGGACAUGCUGCCUGCCAACAGUCUGUACGGUCUCAACCUGACUUCUCUAUCCAUCACAAACACCAACCUGUCUGCAGUACCUUACUCUGCUUUUAAACAUCUGGUUUACCUGACACAUCUCAACCUCUCCUACAACCCCAUCAGCACCAUUGAGGCAGGCAUGCUGUCGGAUUUGGUGCGCCUGCAGGAGCUCCACAUGGUGGGGGCACAGCUGCGCACCAUUGAACCACAUGCUUUCCAAGGGCUCCGAUUCUUACGCGUGCUUAACGUGUCCCAAAACCUGUUAGAAACCCUAGAAGAGAAUGUAUUCCAUUCCUCCAAAAGCCUUGAGGUCCUCUGCAUUAACAACAACCCUCUGGCCUGUGACUGUCGUCUUCUCUGGAUUUUGCAGCGGCAGCCCACCUUGCAGUUUGGUGGCGAGCCACCAAUGUGUGCUGGCCCAGACAGUGUCAGAGAGAGGUCAUUCAGAGACUUUCACAGCACAGCUCUCUCCUUUUAUUUCACCUGUAAGAAGCCCAAGAUACAAGACAAGAAGUUGCAGUACCUGGUAGUGGAGGAAGGACAGACCGUGCAGCUGAUGUGCAAUGCUGAUGGGGACCCACAGCCUACCAUCUCCUGGGUUACCCCACGCCGGAGGCUGAUCACAACUAAAUCAAAUGGUAGAGCCACUGUGCUGGGAGAUGGCACCCUGGAGAUCCGAUUUGCCCAAGACCAGGACACUGGGGUCUAUGUCUGUAUUGCAAGUAACGCAGCUGGGAAUGACACCUACUCGGCCUCCCUGACAGUAAAGGGGUUUACUUCAGACCGUUUCCUUUAUGCCAACAGGACCCCUAUGUAUAUGACAGACUCCAACGACACAAGUUCUAACGGAACUAAUGCAAACAGCUACUCUCUGGACCUUAAGACAAUAUUGGUGUCCACAGCUAUGGGCUGUUUCACAUUCCUUGGAGUGGUUUUAUUUUGUUUCCUUCUUCUUUUUGUGUGGAGCCGAGGGAAAGGCAAACACAAAACCAGCAUUGACCUUGAAUAUGUCCCUCGCAAAAACAAUGGUGCUGUGGUUGAAGGGGAGGUUUCUGGACCACGAAGGUUCAAUAUGAAAAUGAUUUGA